UUCCAUUUUAAGAUUGCACCAGGAAACCGAAGCACCUCUUACAAUGCUUUUUGUUACAUCGGUGUCUCUUAAAUUUAUGCCUGCACUGUGUUUUGGGUUCGUAAUACUUUGGCUGCUGGCAACUGCAAUAUAUGUACCCCACAUUCCAUGGGAGGAAGGAGAAUUCAAGUGCUUACAACCGAUUACGACAAAUUCCCGCGAUCCUGGAAAUGGCCUGACCUGCGUUGCGAAACAAGCGGUGAAAAAAAUAAAGGCCGAUGGUGCAUCCACAACUCAUGCCCAGCAAAACGAAAUGCUGCUGCUUCCAUGUGGGUCGUCAACAGAUAGAACACCUGGGAAUACCAGAUCUCUGUCCUAUAAAGGCAGCAAGGCUUCUACGUACACAUUUGGAAGGUUUUUUGCGGACACAAAAAUUUUGCAAAGCGGCGCCGAGAUUCCUUUGCAAGAGAAACCUGUAUAUUACUGGAUAGCUAACAGCACUCUUCUUAGCAUCGGCCCACUUACGGCAGACGUCUUGCAAAAUGGAACCCUUGUUUUGAAUCCCGCGCGCCCCAUUGAUUCUGGUCUGUAUAUUUGUGUGGAAUUCGAAGAAUGUUAUGUGGAUGAGACAAAAGGGACAGGAAAAAGCAAGUGUAAACUGUGGAUAUGGCCACCGCAUAACGUAAUUGUAGGCGAAGGUAAUCUCUUAUCACAUGCGGGAAAUUCAAAGUUACCAACUGGAUCGUUGCAUUCUCUGUCCACAGCGCCUAUGAGCAACAAGCUGGAUACUCCCGAGCAAGCGAUAAAAAAUGGCAGUCUACUGUCAGCCGAAAUAUUAAUUACUAGCCUCUCCGAGCCUGCAUUGUGGCGUUCUACGUCUACAGCGCGCACGAGCGAAAUCCUGGAUACCUUUGAGCCAGCGAUAAAAGAUGAAACUUCCACAACGUCGAUGAGCUUCAGGCAGACGACUGGGGAAACCACUGCUAAUGUGACAAGCAAGGACGCGAUAUCCUCCGUUAUUUCAGACAAUCGGACGGCAUUCAAGAUGGCCGAAGGUCUAGCGUGGGCAUUAAGGGAGAUUGAUUCUUCCGAUCAAACCUCUACUCGGGGCCCGAUUCGUGUCAACAGCGGCUUAGCAUUGAAACUGACCACAUCCAUGGUGCUUGCACCAGUAGUCAUGCUUCGAUGCGUAUGAUGUCCAGCUUAUUAAAAUUACUGCCAUAUUUUUCGUCACGUGUACAUUCGGGCGCAAGAGCAGCGCUUUUGAGCAUAGUUGUUCAAAUUAUAUUGUAAA